AUCAUAAGUACUUUUUGUAUAUCUUGAAUCUUUGACCAAACCAAUAAGCUACAUGAUAUAUCCACAAUAGAGGAAACUUAACACAUGGUAACACUGCAUACAAUCCAAUAGGAAUAAUUGUUUAAAACACUCUCUGUUUUUGGGGUAGAGCAGAAGAAAAAAACGCCGCAUGUUUAACCAUAAGAGGGUUCAUUUUGAAGCAACAACAAUGAACUACAAAAAGUAAACAAACCGAAAUACAGCUGGUCGAAUUGUGAGCAAACAAUAGACAGGCAGCAAAAAGUAUCUGAUAGAUACUCACGCUAAAACGACAAUCAAAUGUAAACAGACACUAGUGUAUGCAAGUUUAGUUAGUAACGAGAACUUGAGCCGGUUGGUUGUACAAGCGAAUGAGAAUUCAAUAGAAAAAGAUACAAAUUUAAACGAGGUACUAAAAAGUUUAUGUUUUAACGUUUUUUUCUUUUAUAACAAUUCAAAACGUAAAUUUUGUUGAAUUUGGAAAUUUGUUUAUUAUAAAAAAAUUGCGCGUUUUUUUGAAAACUAAGAAAAGCAGCUGCUUAUUUGGUGGCAAAAAAUAUAUAAAAAUAAUUUUUCACUAAUUAAAGGUUUAGUUAACUAUUGUUAUAAAAACCCUGGUUAAUCCCCUAAAUGUUUGUUAUUAAUAAAAAGUAAAAAACCAAAAAGUGUUAAUCAGUGUCUAAAAAUUCUUUUUGGGGGUUGUUCUAUAUUGCUAAAACCAAAACUACAACAAAAUAGUUGUUUUCUUUAUACCCAUAAAACGAGUGUAAAUAGUGUAACUGUCAUCAACCCUGUAAAAGUCUUUUAACAAUACUGUCAAAUUUUGACAUAUUUUUUGACAGCUCAACAAUUAUUUGAAAAAAAAUAAACAUACCAAAACGUGUUUAAAUGAAAAUUACUAAGAAAUUUUAUUUAAAAUUAAAAAAAAAAUACUAAAUUAUAACUAAAGUGUAAUGAAACAUAAUUAAAGCGAAACAACUACUACAGCAACAAUAUAAAAUUUAAAUUUAAUAAAGUUUUUAGAGCACAACCAUAAAAAAUAGAAAUUUCAUUUCAUUUUUUUUUAUAAAUUAAUUACCUGCAACAAAGAAAAUUAAAAAGUAGAAAAACACCAUAAAGCAAAUUAAAAUUAAAAGUGAAACAGUUUCAAGUGUCAACUGCAAAUAAAACAAAAAAAAAAAAAAAAUAAUUAUUACUCAUUUAAAAUACUUGGUAUUCAUUUAUCUAACUAAAAACAUAAUAACAAAAAAUUUAGCAAUUAAAAAAAAAUAAAAAAAAAUUUGGCUGUUAACCACUUUAUUUACUUUAACCAUUUGGAAUCUUUGAAAAAAUUUCGUUCGCUAUCUAUCAACUUAAAAAAAAAACAAAAGCAUUUUAUACGUUUUUUCUUCAACUUGGUACCUCUACCAUAUACUACGCUUCUAUUUAACUAAAAUAAACGUUUAUUUGCCAGUAACCAACCGUUAUCAGGUGUUUACUUUUUUAAUUUUAUUUUUUCAUAUACUUUUGUUGGGAAUUAAUAAACAUCAACAUCAUCAAGACAUUCAAUUGUGGACAACUCAGUUAGAGUUUUCGUACGGUUUCAUAGAUCAAGCAACUACUACUACAGCAGGAGCAGCAACAACUUCUUUUACAACUAUUGCUACUUUACCAGAUGCUGAUGAUGAUUAUUAUUGUUGUUUGGAAAGAUAAAAACAACCGCCGCUAAUAAUUGUAAUGAUUGGUAAAUGGAAUAACGGCAUGUUAAAAAGAAAUUAAGAGGAAACAAUAUUAAACUUCUCACACACAGGAAAUACGGAAUACAUUUGGAAGAUUCAAUGCACUUCAUUAUAAGUCAAACAAACUCUUUAGCAUUUCCUCCUCCUCCUUCAACUCAAACCCAAAAUCCAAUUCCAUCUCUAUCAACAUCACCCAGCAAAACUUUUAAUUUCCCACAAAACACCUUCGAAGCGUCAUGUCAGAACCAGUCAGCAAUGAUGUUAGCACUGAAUCAUUAUGUACAGUUAUAGAAACGAGCAGUAACGAAUAUUUAUCGAAUAAACUUAAAGAUCCACUUAAAAGUAUAUCAUUAGAAUCGUUAGAUACGAACAAACGUAAUUCAUUUAACGACUCGCAGACCAUAAAUCACAAAAGUAACGGUUGUCUGCGCAACAGUUCACUGGAUGAAGGCUGUGAUACAGAUGCCACAGAUCGUUCUUUUAAUACGACAGAAGAAGAGGACGGUGGUAGUAAGAAAGAGAUAAAAACAAAACUAAAAAAAUCGGUUUCUUUUGAUCCGAAUGAUGAGAAGAUUAGGAAGUUUAUAACGGGUGAACCAAUUGUCGAUCAACAGAAUCCAUUUAAAACUAAUGGUUAUUUGAGUAACGGCAACGCUAAGCGAAAGGAGAAGAAAACUCCUCCUCCCGUGCCAGCGAAACGUUCCACUUUAAGUGUACGCAAAACCGUAACCCAACAACUAAGGGAACGUGAGCGUGAAAAGGAGAAAGAAAGAGAACGUUUAAAAAACGAGGCUAAUAAUCGUAAAAGUAACGGCAUUAUCAAAUCCCCCUCGGAUGAGUUUGUAACCACAGAAGAAGUUUUAAAACAAUCCAAAUAUGUUAAAACGUAUAUAAAAAAUCCCGAUCCAUAUUUUGUCUAUGACCCUACAGUAUUAGCAAAAAUUAAAUUUGAGGAAUUAAGAGAAAUAGCUUUAAAAAAGCCACCAAAGAAGUUACCACAACCCGUUAAGGAACAGCAACGCGAUAGAUUUAAAGAUUUAAAAAAUCGACAAAACGACAUUAAACCCAAACUACCCUUGGCAUUUAAGAAAUGCUCCAAGCCUAACUAUCCUGAAUUAUCUGAUUUGAAAAUUAAAACCGGCACUGAUCUCGAAGACAGCCUUUACAAUCCCUUGGAAGUAAGCAAGAAUGCCAAGAAAUUUGAUGAAAGAGUAAAGAAAUUACAUAUUUCAUCCGAUGAUGAUCUAGAUGAAAUAGAAGAACCUUUAACAAAAAGUGAAUCCAGUGAUGACAAUAAUAUGAUCAUGAGCCAGGCGAAAAGCAAAGAAGAACAAGAAGAAAAAAUGCCACAAAACGAGGAGGGUAACGUCAGUCGAGAACCUUCCCCUCCACCACAAGGUACAUUUACCAAUACUAUUAAAUCGAAAGAAUUUCAAGAAUAUCUAGAGAAAAAAGGUUUAACCUUAAUACCCAAAAAGAUACCUAACGGUGCCCAAAACAUGUAUGCCAAACCACAACCCACUACCAUUAAACAGAUCAGUUUUAAAGCUGAACCCGAACGUAUACACUUUUCGCAUGGUCUAGAUGCAGUAGAUGGUGCAGACAACAAUAAUCGUAAACCCUCGGUAUUUCAAAGAUUAUUGGCCAAUAGCAUAUUUGCUUCUAGAAGAAAGACCACACCUAAAGAACCUCAACCUAAUCCGAAAACGGUGUAUGAUUUUAAUAAACCCAAUAAUUAUCAAGAAAAUGGUUCUAUAAAACCCAUUAAGAGAGUUGUAUUGGAAAGACAAAGUUUCCAUGGUCGGCCUAAAACGGGAAAUCUCUUAAGUCCAGCCGAGGCUUUGGAAUUGAAACAACAAAUGGAAAGAUCGCGCAAAAGUUAUGCUAGCGGUGAUAAUCUUUCAGUUUCCAUCUCAAGUGCUUUAACAGAUGCUGAAAAUAAUGAAAACAAUGGUUCUACUGAAAAUCCCUCUAUCAAUAAUAAACCCCACAAUCCUACCCUCACACCCGGCUUAAGACGUAAGGAGUUGCAAAUUAAAACCAUAGCAAAACCACCACGCAGAACUCUUUCAAGGGAGCGCAUGAAUAAGCAUGAAGCCAAUCAUAAGACGGUGUUGAGCGAAAGACCUACUACGGUAAAUAACAAUUUAUAUACUUUACCCCGUGAAAAUCCACAAAAGAAUGAUACGAAUUUCCGACGUUCUUUGGAACGACAAAGUAUGAUACCCAAAAGAACCCAACAAACUGCUGACCGGCAACAGGUGUUCCCCAGAUCCUCUUCUAUGGAUCGCAAUGAGAUUUUAAGAAGAAAUGCUGCAAGAGUACAACAACAGAGGUCGAAUAGUGUUACGGGUGAUACGCUUCUAGCGCCAGCGCCCAUUACCACACGAACCAAGGAAAAUCUCAAAGAAACCUCAUUCCCGGUUAAUGAGGGUCCUGCUAUGACCUCAACACCCAUCAGAGAUGGUCAAGUUCCCAGAAUGGGAGAAUCCAAAACUAUAUCUCCUAUAUCUUCUAUACCAAAAAAAGCCUCGCAGUUGGGAGUAUAUGUCGAUCAGCAGGAAUGGGAAAAGUUGAGAGCAAUCAAAGAGCAAACCGAUAAAGAAUUGUAUUUCAGAGUAAUGCAGCAGCAACAAAAAUUGCAGCAACAACAGGCUACGAUGGCCCAGAAUCCCAUAAGCGAUAAACAAUUGGAAAAUAUUUAUGAACAUUUACCCGGAGGUUCCCAGGUGCGUUUGGCGCCCCAAAACGAUGGCAGCUUUACAAGAGGUUCUCCUCAGCGUAAUACCUUUUCAGGUGUAAUACGCUCCAACAAUAGACAGGUAAAGAUAAUAGAUGGCAAGCCUAUAGUGGGCAAUGAACCCUUAACAACCCAACAAACUUUGCAAAAUACACCUACACGCUGUCAAAGUGUCUUAGAUGGCAUGAUACAGACCCAAGCCAAUACAAAACGAGGCUAUGAAAGUGAAACGCCCGAAACCCCGGUGGUCUUGAGAAGAAAACAAGAUGAGGGCGCCCAACCCACGAGACGCAUAGGCGGUCUUUUAACUAGGGAAGAAAUAUUGCAGAAAAUUAAGGAGUUUUGCCGCAAAUCCCUUAACAAAACACCCACAAACCAACCAAAUCCGCCGCUACAAUCGAUUUAUGAAAAACAGCCAACAGAUCUUUCACCAGUAUCAUAUGUCUCCGUAGAGACUCACCAAAGGCCAGCGUCGAGAAUGUAUGCUGCUCCACAGGUGCCUCAGCGUAUGCACAGCUUGCCCACAGCCACUGGAGGCGGUCAUUUUGUUCCUAUUGCCCAAGAAAUUGUCACCGAUCCCAAUACGAAUUCACCCAUUUAUGCUCAUGUAGUGAAACGUGGCAGUUUACAGUCCAAUCAAUCGGAAUUGUAUGAAAUUCCUCAACGGACACUGGUAGCGGCAGGGCAACCAACUCAAUAUUUGGUGAGAAGAGAACCGGAAUUGAAACCGGUCUAUAUACGACAAGGAACUUUACACAGACCCGAAAGUGCCUUUUCCCCAGCGGCCACACAAUAUAUAUUAGUAGAUGGAGACAAAUUGCAACCAGCACAAAUAAUAACAGCCUAUCCACAGAAUGAAUUGUAUGCCCAGCCACAAUAUAUAAGACCACAUCAGCUUCAAAAUAUGCCUAGUGCUGCUUAUGGUUAUAUAACGGUAAGAGAGCCGGUGCUACACCAGCAACAGCAUCCGCAACAACUGCAACAGCAACAUCAAAUUAUACGUCCCCGUUUGCACGACGGUCGUAGUACUCCAUUGAUACUUGAUCGUAGUUCAAGUCAACAAGUGAGUCAAAUCUAUUGGACGCCCCAACAUCAGAGACUACAACAUACCCAGCAGGCUGGACUAUUAACCGAUCAGAUUAGUCCACGUUACGCUCUCAAACAGUCUUAUGUGAUGUCAAGUCCCCAACAACAGCAACAGCAGCUACAACAACAACAAAAUCGUGCUACACCAACAAUAAUGAUGCUACAGCAAACCCCACAACAAUCACAACAUUCACCAUUGCAGCUAACCAGUGGCAGCAGCAAUAACAUUCCAACACAACAACGUCAGUAUUCACCCAUUAUAAGGGAAACUACACCCAACCAACAACAACAACCACAAUAUCUGCAAUUACAACUUAACAAUAAACCACAACAACCACAAAUACAAGAAAUCAGCACAUCGCAUACAGUACGAAGACAAAGUCCCGCUUUUGAUUGGGAAAGUGGUUCGGAGGCGGGAGAAGUGCAAAGAAUUAUGGAGAAGCAACAACAAAAUGGUGAGUUAAAACGUACAACACUGUUAAGGAAUUUGAGGCUGAAAAUGGCACGUUUAGUUGGCAACACUAGAAAGUAGUUUAGUUACUAAUAAAAUGAAAAAAAGCAAAUUGCAAAAAUACAAAAAAAAAUUUAUUUAACUAAUUAAAUUAAUAAAGAAAAUAAAGUGCUAUGUUUAUGUUUAAGUUUAAAACUAAAUAACAACUAACUUACUAAUAACGAUUCUAUGGUUUAAUAACUUAAGCAUGUUUAAAUAAAAUUUUAUAAUUAAUUUAUAGGUAUUUGUUUGCUCCCCAAAUUACACUAAUAAUAAAUAACAAAUUUCCAAUGUUCGAAAUAAAAUUUUGUUACAUUGUUAAAUAAUUAAUUACUUUAAAUAAAGUUUUUU